CUGUCUCACUUCGGACAGCACCCGUAGUACAAAGUCUCUACUAGUCGCCUGAGCAACCGAGACACAAUUGACAAUCGAGAGAUAUUUACCGCAAAGCCCUGUCACUAGACUGCAUCAACAUCAUCAACAAUCUACUUGGACAUCAUGGAGAAAAUCGACACACACGCGCAUGUUGUCCCUCCUGGCUGGAGGAAGUAUUGCGAAGAGCAUGGGUUUGGAAAGCCCGACGGAAUGCCAGCGAUUCCAGAAUGGACACCAGAAUCGCAUAUUGCACUGAUGGACAAGCUAGGAGUUAGCAAGUCCAUUCUCAGCAUCACAUCCCCUGGCACUUAUCUGAAGCCUGGCGAUGAUGCCCUUGCGCGCAAGAUCACUCGCGAGACCAAUGAGGAAUUGGCAGAAAUCUGUGCCAAGUACCCUUCUCGCUUUGGCUUUUUUGCAUCAUUACCUCUGCCCGAUAUUGAAGGAUCUCUGGCUGAGAUUGAUCACGCCCUCAAGCUUGGCGCAUCAGGUUUCGCUGUAAUGACCAAUGCGCACGGCCAAUAUCUCGGGGAUUCUACUCUCGAUGCCGUCUUCCACAAGCUUAAUGAAGUCAACGCCAUUUUGUUCAUGCAUCCCACCACUUGCUGUGGAAGCGACCCUGCCGCUGUCAAGCCCAUGAACCAAUAUCCUUCUCCAAUGCUAGAGUUCUUCUUUGACACUACGCGCGCAGUAACAAAUCUACUGCUCUCUGGAACUGUGGAACGGAAUCCCAACAUCUCAUUCCUCGUCUCUCAUUGCGGAGCUACUCUUCCACCGCUUGUGGAGCGGUUCACAAGCUUUGCAGCCAUUAUCAACGCACCUUCAACGCUCAACUCAGAUCAGGUUAAAGAAUUGUUCAAGACUAGAUUCUUUUUCGAUCUUGCCGGGUUUCCAUUUCCUGAUCUUAUUCAUGGAUAUCUUCGUGUCUGUAAUGAGUCUCGGUUGCUAUACGGUACCGAUUUCCCGUACACGCCAGCACACAUGAUAGAAAUCCAAGGCCAGGCCAUGGAUAGUGGACUUAGAGAGUUGUUUGACGAGGAAACUAUCAAGGGUAUCUACUCUGAACAUGCGAAGAGAUUAUUAAAGCUUUAGUCUAUUUGCAAUGUACGGAAUAGAGACAAUAGAUAAAUACAUGGAUCCAACUCAUAGCCAUACUCGUAAAAAUGCCAGUGUCACUCAUAAUUCGUCAAAGGUUAUUGUGAAUUAUUUUGGGGAAUUUUUUUAGCUGAAUACGCUUAACACGUCAUUUAGAGGAUUACAAAAAGAGAAGACAAAGAGGCUCAGCAUCUUGAAUUGUAUGCUUAAUACAUCGGAGUAACCACUUAGACCUGGUAGCGUUGAGAG